UCGAGCACGGUCACAAGGAAAAAAAAUGGCGUCAAAGUAAGCAAAUCUCGGUGGCACUGGGAGGCUGUACGUGGUCACAAUUCGAGUGAAAUUUGUGGUUUUUUGGUGUGUUAGGCGGUUGAAAAGUUUGUCAAAGUGUGGCUUCCGAGACGCGGAAUGAAAAUCGAUAGAAGGAUAGCUUAGGCAUUGAUUGAUUGCUGUAACCCGAGACAACCGCACAAUCCUUUGUUGGGUUGAAGCGACGUGCAGUGCCAGACGAACGGAAAGGGGUUUUUGCACGCAGUAUACAACAACUGCAAAUAACAAACACGAAACGGACAAGCAGCAACAUACCAACCAGGAUUCCAAAGGGGGGACUCACGAACAUCACCAUUCGUAAUGCUGCAACGGGAAACUAAAUAGGUAUACACAUAAGCUUCCUAGAAAUUACACGCAGGCAUCGUUGCAGAACAGACAGCCCCAAGCCAUGGAGGAACUGUUGAUGACAAUCGUGAAGGAAGCGACUGGCAGCAAGCAACAAAAUUUGAAACAAGCCGCACAAAUUGCACAUGACAAACUUUUGCGUCAGCAUGGCAUCCACAGGGAUCCUUCGUACGAGCUGCGAUCCGUCUGCUUCACCGCCCUGCAAAUGGCGCUGGAAACGAAGCGACCAAAAUUUGUCACCUACGGACUGAACGGUCUGCACCGCAUCAUCCGCGAUGAACGGUUCUUCUUCGGUCUCGAACCGGAAGACGACUCGCUGUGGCUACCGGCUCAGCUCCUGCGAGCGACCUCGGGAAUGUCUACGGUCGGCAACGAGGACACCGUAGUGAAUGUUCUGCGUCUGUUUCUCUCGAUGGCCUGCUCUCCAACGUGUACCCUUAACGGGCGUCUACUGAUCGAACUCCUGUCCAAGUGUGGUGAGUGCUGGGAAAAUGGAUCCCGUGCCGUCAAGGCUGCCUCGCUGGCCGCUGGUAGCCAGUGUCUGCGAGCUUUCUGUACCUUCCUGAAAGAUGAAGCCGAAGAUAUCCUACGUACCGGUCCAGCAGGGAUCAUCAACAUCGGCAUGGCUGCGGCCGUUUACAACGAGGUUAUACCGGUGAUGCAAUGGCUUUGCAGUAGGUUGAUCGAGCCAAGUACCGGGAGUCCGAAAAGGACGGAUACAGUGGGUUCACUGUACCUGAUGGAGUGCAUUCUGACACUGGUGACUUCGUUGCCGCCUGAUGUUCACGCCAACCCGCACUUCACGGCGUUUCUUUGGCAAAAGUUUUGUCCGACGUUGGCUGCUACACUCGGUUCACCGGGUAGGGUCAACAUCGAUAAGAAAUUCACCUACAAAGACGCUAUCCAUCUGAUCGAGAGUGAGCAUCGUGGAUUCUUUACCCGUCCGGGACUUGACGGUCCCCAAGCACGCUGUAUAUACCUGACCAGUAUCCAGCUACUACGAAUCGCUGGAGCUCAGGGCUCGUUACGACCCAUGCUGGAGGCUCUGUUUCACCGUAUGCUUUUGCUACCGAUUCCGGCCAACCGCGCGGAACCGUUGCGAUGCGUUCGAGAAAUCCUGAAAAGUCCGGAACGGUUGAUUGACCUCUCGGUAAUACUGUACCCCGAUAAGUCACAGGGUCAAAGUUGUAGCGAUGAUAUGGCGUUGUUCAGAUUAAUAAUCGACGCCAUGGAGGAAUGUGCCACCACCUCCCAGAACGGAAGUAACUCCGUGGACAACUCGAUGAACUCCAGUGUGGAGUGUAUCGUCGCACUGCUGGAAAGCCUCCAAACGCUCUGUUCGGGCCGUUUCGACGAAUCGAUCAUCAGUGAUCGCAUUGCGAACGCAAUCAACAAUCGGUACUAUCAGCUGCGAGAAGCGGACUACACUGGUCCGUUAACGUAUCAAUCGAUGGCUCGGCUUCCGGCACCUUAUCGGGACGCCGUAGCCGAACUUCGUCAAAGUGGUUUCGAGACUUCCUCCGAGUCGGAAGUUGAUGCCGAACAGCAAAUCGACCCGGAAGCAGGAUCGCUUGGAUCGGGAGACACCGAAGGACCGGAAGAUGAAGCACACUCCUCGAGUGAUGAUAUGUCCUCCAAGGCGGAAGGUCACUGGCCGUGGGUUCAUCUGGAAGAGCCACCUCACGUCCGCUCCGAUGUGGACUGUGAUCGUCAUCAUGCACGAGAGUUCGCCAAAGUUCUGUCCAAAGAUUUAGUCCCAAAUUUGCUGAAACUAAAAGCUUCCGUCGAGGUAGACGAAGCUAUUCAAGAAUUUGCCUCCAGCAUCUGCCAGCAGAAUAGUAUGAACUAUUCCGAUUACGAUUACAAUCUGACGGCGUUGAAUGCUGACGGAAUCUACCUGGCAACGUAUUCAGCGUUGCUUUUAGCUUUGCAGUUGAUGAAAGCCGGUCACUACGAUGAAGGCCGUGAGCCUAUUUUGAUUCCUCUAUCCGAACAGCAGUUCGUCACCUCCGUGCAAAACGCCGGAGUCCUGGUGUACCUUAGCUCCGCCUGGCUUCGUGAGCUGUACCAAAGCAUUCUGGCAACGAAUCCACUGAUUUCGCUGAAAUCCGUUGAGAAUACGGAUGGGUCGCACUGUGCUCUGGUGGACAUGCUGUACGAUGCUGGUGGAAUCGGACCAACGCAGAUGCUAUCCGAUUGGCAACGUCUGCAGUCGGUAGUACGGAUUCAAAGCGAACCGAAUGCAAAACAGUUGGCGGCCAAAAAAUUAGCCCGUCGUCUGCUGACUUGCUGCUGGGACUCGAUGGUGACCGUGCUGACCGCUGGUUUAGGUGAGGUCGAUGACUCUCGUGCAACCAGGUUGAUGAAGCUAUCGAAAAAGACACUACGGGUUAAAAAGAAGACCCGCUGCUCCGGGGAAGCUCUUUACGCUCUUAGCCUCGAAGGUCUUCACGCAGCUGCUACGUUGAGCAACGCCCUGAAUCUACAGCAUCUGGCCGGGAAGAUACUGAAUUUGAUAGCGACCAACGUUUGCCAGAAUUCCGGUCCGAAAAUCCCGGCCAGUCAGGCACUGUCGAUGGAUGUGGUACUUUCGGGGGGAUUGGAGCUGGGAUCUCAUUCGGCUGACUGUUGGCUUCCGGUUUUCUCCGUUUGUCGACACGUGACACAGUUGGAGCAUGAUUUGUUCAGUUCGCAGAAUGCUAGCUUGGGUGGAGCAUCGGCGAACGUGGCUAGCAAUGGUAAGGAGAUGGAGUCACCGAGCAAGGCAUUGGGACAGUCGGACAAGCUGAAUUUGUCGUCGUAUCCGAUCGAUGAGGAUGAGACUUGCGUGGACGUUUACAGCUUCCUGCAGGCUCCACUUCCGAGCGCCAACGCGAACGUGGCUACUAUCCUGAAGGCGUACUCCGGACAUGACGCAGUGAACCUGUCGCAAGCCGACACGGCCAAGAUGUUGUGUGCGUUGUCGCAUCAGGCGGACACUCUGUUUUCCGAUUCUGCCGAACGGUUGGCCCUGCCGGCAUUGCUUCAGUUCCUGAAGGGCCUUUGCCGGGCUUCACGGGAGCAGCUCUACCGUAGUGCAUCGUCCAAAAAGGGUAAGAAAUCAUGGUGGUUGGGACGUCCCUGGAAGGUUAAGAACGAUUCCUUGCCACUGUCAUUGCUGCUCCACCGUGUGGGUGAUGUAACGCUUAAGGUAUUCCGAGGACCAAGACCGCUGUUACACAUUUUGAAGGUUUGGGCCAUCACUGGACCACAUUUGAUGGAUGCUGCUUGCCACAAGGACCGGACCAUUUCCAAACGAGCGAUCGAGUACAUUCAUGACAUCAUAACUGCACUGUUGGUGGAACAAUCCGAGUUGCCUCAUUUCCAUUUUAAUGAAGCACUGCUGAAACCUUUCGAGAACCUGCUUAGUAUGGAUUCGUGCGACGUCGAUGUUCAGGAUCAGAUCGUAGGGUGUCUGUACGAGAUCGUAGAAGCGCACCGAACGGAGAUCCGCUCCGGCUGGCGGCCUCUGUUCGGUACGUUGCGAACCGCACGGAACCGUCCUGUUCAUCUGUCCAACAUAAUCGACAUCUUCCACGUGUUUCUUGAAACGGACAACACGCUGGUGUUUGCCAACGCCGGGUUGGACUGUAUUCUGUGUCUACUCUCGUACUUGGAGAUUUCGGGUAGCGGUGGAAAUGUCGGCGGAUCCACUACUGGGUCCGAUAGCACCGACGACAAUAACAUUAGAUCCAGUGAUUUUUUAUAUGAUGCUUUGAAAUUUCUCGAACGUUGCUCAUCGAUCCUUAGCUUUAUGUACAACAUGCCGCUAUGUCCGAAUCUUCAUUCGACCUACAAGAUCAAGGGCAUCACUUAUACACACAUAAUCGACGCUAACAUUCCUAACUCGAUGGAGAACUUCACCUACUUCGGUCAGGAUUAUCUACAGAGCAGCAACGAGCAAUACAUGAUCAGCUAUCGAACGCUUCACAUUGACAAGGAGACAAUAACCAAAAUUGACGAACUGGACAAGCCGAGUGGUGUCCUGAAGGUGUGGUUCCUGCUGCUGGAUGGCCUGACCAACUCGCUGAUCGUUUGUCCGAUAGCUCACCAAUCGCCGAUUCUGCAGUCUAUCUUCAAACUGUUCAAAUCGUUGCUGGUCAAUCCGGGAAUCGAGUUCGGAUUCUACUGCAUCAACCAUCUGCUGAUUCCGAUGAUACAGGACUGGCUUCGAUAUGUCAACAAAGCGCAGAAGAAUUGGGGCUUGAUCGAGAAGAACUUUAAGCACUGUUGCUGCAUGACCACCGAUCUGGUGGUGGAGUUUAUCGAAAAAUCGCAGACAGUUGGAGGACUUGAAGAUCGGGUAGUGAUCGGUAGCGAGCAAACGUACCAGCAUCAGCAGGUUGUGAAGAAGAGCAAAUUGACAUCGAUCGUUCGACCGGUGGAUAAUUUGAAGUACAGUCAACUGAGAAAGAUGACUUCGUCGGCUUCGGACGAGCCGGAACAGUUUACGGGAUACUACAGCAAAGCGAAGGAAGAGGAAGUAUCCAGCGUUACGAAGAUUCCAACGGCUGCUAUCCUAGCACUGAAGCAGCUGCUUCUGGUGCUGAUCGAGUGUUCGGCUCAGUCCCAGGAAACGAUUGCUCGCGUUGGGGUUAGCUGUAUGAAACACAUUAUCUUCUCGACGGGUCACAUUUUCAACGAGGAUCAGUGGAUGGUCAUCACGUCGGCCAUUCAUCGGGCCAGUACGGUCACAAUGGCUCCGUUGAGACAGUUGAUCUUUGCAUUCAACGAAAACUCCAAUAGUUUCUACGGAGAUUGCGCUAACGUGAAGGUUGCGGCCAGGAGGGAUAGCACCCUGGAAGAGUUACAACGAGUACAUUCGCUGGCUCAACAAGUGUUUCUAAUGGAUAAUCAACGGGAUUUGUUGAAUUCUAGAUUGAACAACAACUUGGUUAACGGAACCAAUGGAGCGGGUACCGGUACAGACGAUCGAUCCUACUCGUUCUUGCUGUAUCCGCUGAACUGCAACACGAACAUGACGCAAUCAUGUUCGAUCAACGGAGGAGGAAUCAGUGCUUCUCUACAGAUCAAUGGACUUAAUCUCGACAGUUACAUCAUCCGAAUUCCGUACAGGAACCUAAUCGUAGGACUGCUGGCUAGCCAGAUGCUGCUUCAGUUGAUUGCCAAUAUUUUGCUGAAUGGCUUAACGAACGUGCCGAAUGAGCUGAACUCCUGUAUCUACAACGGAGGGGAAACUGGAAGUAGCACAAGCAAGGCGUUGUUUCAACUGGGCUAUCGCAGCAAGGAAAUUCUUCUGCGAACGCUCAAGCAGUUUCUCGUGUGCUCGAUGGACUUUGACUCACGACCGGGUCUUAAGUUUCUGAUUCAGAAAGUAUCCAACAUAGAGAACGCUGCAAACCUAUACAAGCAGAUGACCUCUUCGUGGAUCAUCAACUAUAUGACCUUGGUCGAUAUGUACAUCAACAACAUUCGAGCGUACAACCUGAACGAGGACGACAUCAAGUACAUCCUUGACUCGUGUAAUCACAUGACUGCCGCUAGCCAGCAGUGGAAAAAGAACGAAAACUUUGUCCAUUACCUGCUGACCUUGCGGGAUCUGUGGGACUUGAUCGCUGAACAUUACAUAGAUAACUUGAAGAGUGACGAAUGCGACGGAACUACGAUCACCCACAUCGUCGAGAAUAAGCUGGAAAAGUACGAACGAUUUGACGAUAAACUGGACAAUUCUAGCAGCGAAGAUGAUCAGGCGAGCAAUCCGGAGGGUCUUACUACCGGAGGCGAUUCUCCCUGCCACCCGGAUAUUCAGGAGAUCGAUCCCGAGUCACCCUCUAAAAGUGACGAGGAAAGUAUCUCAGUAUCCACGAUUGUCGGCAAUCACCGAGUGAAUCCGUUCAAUAUCGCAGCCAACCAGCAGCAGCACCUACAACACCAGCAGCAACUGCAACAUCAACAGCAGCAGCAACAGUCGAUAUCUCCGGAAAUCGAACAGCAGCGAACCAACAGCAUUCAGAAGGACCUGAUCUCCAAGCGAUCGGCUCUGAAGCAGCUGAUCGUGGCUUCAAUGGAACUGCUGAAGCUGCUCCCGCAGCAACAAGCGGAAAUGCUGAAGCUACUGCUGACACCGAAGAUUCGAGAGGCUUUCCGUGCCGUUCAGGAGCAGGGAACGGGUUUAUCAAUGGAGUAGACCUGCUGCUGCGCGGGUUUCAAUUAUCUUACGUUUGAACGCUAACAUAUUUGCAUAUUUGAUGGAAGAAAAGAUAUAAUCGACUAGACUGAAUUCGCUUAACAAAAUAUAUAUAUCGUAAAUUUACUGACAAUGCAGAAAAAUUCCCGAAUUGAAGUUGAGUGGCAGAUCGAGAACAACAUAUUUUGGUGAUAUAUAGCUUAUACAUGAUUUAUACAUUUAAGCAUGAAACAAAAAUCAUAUAUACCCUUAUAUAUAUAUACUUCUUGCCCGGCCCUGAAAAAAAACAACCUUAUAACUGUUGAUAUACGCUAAGGAAUUUACUGAAAACCAAAUUAAAAAAAUUACUUGACAUACGCCCUCCACGCAGCAGCUGUGACGACAAGACACCCACAAACACACUACACCAAUGCGCUCAAGCGGCACUAGAACGGACAAGACAUUAAACACGACUACUACACUCACACUUCCUGUCACAAUCAGCUUCCACUCGCACAACACGUUAUCUAUUCUUACUACAUUCGAAGAAGAAAGACAACCAAACCAUAUAAUCGAAACCUAUAUAAACCAAUCAUCGGCUUUCGUAUUUAUGCUGGCUUACACGAACACACACUAAUACACUAACAGGUUUCUUCUGCAACUCGCUUUUCUUGCUCUGAUGCCUCACAACUACUAUUAAACAUAUUUAUUUCAUAACUAUUAACAACUAACUGCUUCUGUGAAUUCUUGCAAACUAUUUGAACAAUAAAUUUAUAUCAGAAUCUUGUCUCCUGCUCGUAUGGAGCCAAAAAAACAAUAUCUUCGAAAAAUAUGUGAGAGUGUAUAUGUACUAACACCCCAAAAAUAUCCUCGCGUAACAUGAAACAACCCCGAUGGUAUCCGGUAUCAGUUUGUGGUUAUUUUAAACAGUGAAUUUGUGUAACUUUUCUACCUUAAUGUACUAUAGGUUAGAAGCACUAGCUUCCGAUAAAACUUUCGAUUUAGAUUAGUUUUCUGUCCUUCAAUCCCGUUAUGUAGAAGGUAACUCACACUUACAACCUCACACGCGCAGCAGAUAUCUAGUUGAGGAGCGCCAGUUAAAUCGAAAACAAAAAUUAUGUUGGGAAAGUGAAACGACCCGUGAAUGUAAAACAGAAAAAAAAAGAAAUUAUAUAAACAAUUCACCACAAGAAACGCAAGUAUUUACCGUAACAAACCAAAAAAAGAAUGAAAAGGAUCAGUAUAAACAGAAACCAACAAAGACGUGGAACUGUCUCUCGUAAACAAUAAACAAAACAAUUGAAGUAAUAUAUUAUAUAUUUGUGCAACCACA